GGUGACUACUUUCUGGUGCGCCAUCAUGUCGACUCAGGCGCUGAUGCACAUUAUGCCGAUCAUGAUAAUGUUUGAAAAGGGAAAGGUGGCGGCCGUACGCCUCUGCCUGGCCUUGGAUCAAACAUUCAUCCGUGGUCGCCGGAUGGAGCGCGGCGGGGACGUGAGGCUGGAGAGGUGCGUUGGAGACAUUGAAUUCAAAAAGGUCGCGUUUGCCUACCCAACACGUCCCGAGCAGAUGGCCUUACGGGAUGCAUCCCUCUUCUUCCCCGCGGGCGAGAUGACUUUCGUCAUUGGGAAGAGCGGCUCGGGAAAGAGCACGCUUGGACAGCUCCUCGCAGGUUUCUACUAUCCUUCGAAAGGGGAUAUCUUGCUUGAUGGUCACGGUUUUGAGACCCUGGACAUGAACGGCGUUCGCGAGAAUAUCACCCUGGUGCAGCAGGAAUCCAUUCUGUUUUCUGGGACGAUACGCGAAAACAUUGCGCUCGGUUCGCGGAGCUUUCCAACCGUCGACGAUGGAGAAGUGCAGGAUGCCGUAGCAUUUUCGUUGCUCGACGGUACGAUUCGAGACAUGGCAAAGGGCCUCGAAACCCCCGUUGGACUGAAGGGCAACACUCUGAGCGGUGGCCAGCGUCAACGAAUGGCCAUCGCCCGAGCGCGACUGCGCGAUACCCCGAUCCUCAUCCUGGAUGAGUCGACUAGCGCAUUGGAUUACAUCAAUCGUUCCUUGAUUAUGGACAGCAUUCGGAAAUGGCGCCGAGGCAAAACAACGAUUGUGAUCACGCACGACAUAUCGCAAAUCCUCCCGGAAGAUUAUGUCUAUGUCAUGAAGAGUGGCGAAGUUGUCCAAGAGGGUUUCCGAAAGUCCCUGUCCGAUCAGCGCGAGACGCAUUUCCAAGAAUUUCUGCAGCCGGAGCCAGAACCAGCCGAUGUCUUUGUCCACACGACGGAAACCGGGAGCGCUCUCAGUGGCGAGAUCGAUCUGUACUACGACGAAGACGGCGCAGAACAGAGCAUGGUACCCAGCUUUUUUACCGGACGGUUCGGCAAUUCCCCCAAUCGAGACUCCAUGCGCCUUCCUCCGAUUGUGUCACCAUUCUGGAAACUGAUGCCACCGAUAAACCAAUCCGAACCUGGAUCGCACACGUCGGCGUUCGCUCUCCCGGAGAGAGCCUCGGUGUUCUUUGGUGCCAUAGAUCGGCCCGAAAUUCUCGACCAGUUUCUGGAGCGGACCGAAAACGUUGCCGCAAAUGGCAGAAAGAAUUCAGUGGCCCUGGGGAUUCUUGGGUCUCCACGCCAGGGAGCGAAGAUGGAGCCAGAGAAGCGCAAGGUGAAGGAAACACCGAAAAAGCUGUCGCACAUCUUGAAAACGGUAUGGCCUCGAUUGCCAUGGCACGGUCGAGUCAGUCUUGUCCUCGCGGUGGUGGCGACAGUAACGUAUUCCGCCGCCACGCCGGUCUUCGCUUUUGUCUUCUCCAAGCUCCUGGCGACGUAUUUUGACCCGUCGAACCUGCAGGCGCAAGCUCGGACAUAUUCCCUCUCGAUCAUCGGGAUCGCCGUGGGCGAUGUCAUCGCCUUGUUUUGCAUGUACUCGCAGUUUCAUCGAGUCGGUCAACUUUGGGUCAACCAGAUCCGAAUCGAUGCAAUGAAGCGGAUCCUUGCGCAGCCUCGAGACUUCUUCGACCAGGAAGAAUACAGCGUCUCGAAGCUCACGGAGUGCCUGGACAAUCGAGCAGAGGAAAUGCAGUACAUUAUCUCCCGAUUCGUCGGAAACAUCCUCGUGGUGACCGUCAUGAUGAGCAUCGCCGUCGUUUGGAGCAUGACCACGAACUGGAAGCUGACCCUCGUCGCGGUUGCGACCGCGCCGAUCAUCUACGGAGUCUCGUCAAAGUUUACCAAAAUGAAUGGAUUUCAUGACCGGAAAUGUAACGAUGCCUCGGAAUGGGCGGCCAGCAUUUUUCUCGAGACCUUUUCGAAUAUCAAGACGAUCCGAUCGCUCACCAUUGAGGGCCAUUUUGAGGACAAAUACAUCCGGGAAACCAAACGCAUAUUCAGGAAGGGUGUGUUUCGAGCGAUAUCUGGCGGCUGCUUUUUUGGCCUGUCGGAAUCCAGUUUCAUCUACGUCACCGCGCUGAUUUUCCACUACUCGGGCGUCUUGGUCAAUUCUCAAGGUGCCCCAGUGGCGGGGAUUCUGCAAGUCAUCACGUUGCUCCUCUUCAGCUUGACCAACAUCCAGAUGAUCAUCGCUUUCAUCCCGCAGCUGAGUGAAGCCAGGGAUGCUGCCACGCGCUUGUUGAAGUUGAGCGAGCUUCCCACCACCUCCCACGAAGACGAAGGCAGUACGCGAAUCUCCUCGAUUGGUGACAUCCACUUCUCCCGACUCAACUUCCGAUACCCAUCGCAACCUUCUCAACCCAUUCUUCAAGACCUCUCCCUAGUAUUGCCGUCAGGCACCUGCACCGCGCUUGUCGGAGCAUCAGGGUCGGGAAAGUCGACGGUGGCUUCAUUGCUUGUGAAAUUGUACACCACCCAUACGGCGGCUUCAUCAUCCGGCAACAUCACCCUCUCCGGCCGGGACAUAUUCCGCUUGCACACUCCGACCUUGCGGAAUCUCAUCACCAUCGUUCCCCAAACCCCGGUUCUUUUCCCCGUGUCCCUCGCUGACAAUAUUGCUUAUGGUAUCCAUCCCACCUCACACUUGGCCUCUCUCGCUAGCAUCCGUGAAGCGGCCGAAGCGGCAGGGAUACACGAAUUUAUAUCCAGUUUACCCCAAGGCUAUGACACGCUCGUGGGCGAUGGUGGCAUGGGACUAUCCGGCGGGCAGGCACAACGCGUUGCCAUUGCCCGCGCCAUCGCCCGACAUCCGCGGGUGUUGGUCCUCGACGAAGCGACCGCAUCACUAGAUAUGGAGAGCGCCGGAAUCAUACGAGACACGGUGAAAAGAUUGAUCGGCGAGGGACCGGGAAGCGCAAGACGAUCGUCGAAUGGGUGGAGGACGGCCACGAGCGGGAGGAGCGGUGGCAGGGAUGAAGAGAUGACAGUGCUGAUCAUCACGCAUGCGAGGGAGAUGAUGAGCGUGGCGGAUCAGAUUGUCAUGCUGGAGAAGGGACAGGUGGUAGAAGAAGGGGGGUUCGAGGAGUUGAAGGCGAGGAAUGGUUGGUUUGCGAAGCUGUUGCAAGGAGAACGUGGAGAGUGAGCGGAUCCGGCAAAGGAGGCUGCUGCACACGGGGUUGACGCGAGGCUCACAAGGUUACAAUCGAUUAAAUACAGCUUUCUUAGGACCAAUUUCGGGG